AAUCUAUUACUCGAAAUGACUAAGGGUACCUCUUCGUUUGGUAAACGCCACACCAAGUCGCACACUUUGUGCCGUCGCUGUGGUCGUCGCUCCUUCCACAACCAGAAGAAGACUUGCGCUCAGUGCGGCUACCCAGCUGCCAAGCUCCGCUCUUACAACUGGAGCGAGAAGGCUACGCGCAGAAAGACCACCGGUACCGGCCGCAUGCGUCACUUGUCCACUGUCAACCGCCGCUUCAAGAACGGUUUCCGUGAGGGCACCCAGGCCAAAAAGCAGGUCAAGCCUGUCGUUGCUUAAAGUAACGAAGAGACAAGCUCACCUCUUUCUUCGCGUAGCGGGAAACCUGGUUCGGUCCUUGAACGAAACGGGAAAUUACCUUGAAAUAAAACAUGACUCGCGCAAUCGAGGCACCUUUUGUUUCUUUUCAA